UCAAAAUUUAAAAGUUGAUAUGAAGACUGCAUCGAUUUGAUAACAAUGGCGGUUCGCACCAGAGUCCCUCACCGGCUGCUUCUGGUCCGCAGCUUCGUGGACGCUAGGAUCAAAUGGGUUCGUGACCCGUACCUCGACACCGCCAUCGAAAGAGAGAAAAACCUCAAAGAAGUCCUUUCCAUCAAAAACCAAAUCGUCUCCUCUCCCACCAAAUCUCUUCCCCUUUCCUCUCUCUCCCCUCUCAAAACCCAUUUCAAUCUUCCCACCUCUGCCUUCAAGCCUUUUCAGAAGUACCCUUCCAUUUUCUCCCAAUUCCAGCCCUCUCCAUCUCUUCCUCUCCACGUCAAGCUCACCCCUCAAGCCAUGGCUCUGCACAAGGAGGAGCUAGCCAUUCACAGCUCUCCCUCCCACCGAAACGACGCCGUAAACAGGUUAGCUAAGCUGUUAAUGCUGACUAAAACAGGUAGGGUGCCUUUGCAUAUUGUAGACAAGUUCAAAUUUGAUCUCGGCCUUCCCUCGAAUUACAUUACUUUUCUUCUUUCUGAUUAUCCUGAAUAUUUCCAUGUUUGUGAGUAUAAAAACCCUUCUGAUGGAAAAGAAACCCUUUUUUUAGAGCUUAUAUCUUGGAGAGACGAGCUUGCUAUUUCCGAAAUGGAAAAGAGAGCGUCGUUUUCUGACCAAGUGAAACUGAAAAAAGGAUUGCCCUUGAGGUUUUCGAUGAAAUUACCCAAUGGGUUUGAUUUAGAGAAGAAGGUGAAGAAUUGGGUUGAAACAUGGCAAGAUUUGCCUUAUAUUUCUCCUUAUGAGAACGCGUUUCAUUUAAGGCCUAAGAGUGACCAGGCGGAAAAAUGGACCGUGGCGGUGCUCCACGAGUUGUUGUGGCUGUUGGUGUCGAAGAAGACUGAAGGGAAGAAUGUGUAUUCUUUGGGAGAGUAUUUGGGGUCGGAGAAUCGAUUCGAGAAGGCUUUGAAUCAUUUUCCGGGGAUAUUUUAUAUGUCAAAUAAGAUCAGGACACAGACUGUGGUGCUUAAGGAAGCUUAUAGGAAAGAUUUCUUGACGGAGAAGCAUCCCUUGAUGGGUAUGCGGUUUAGGUAUAUACAUCUUAUGAAUAAGUCAGACAAGUUCCGAAAGGGAGAUGGUGUUCGAUUGUUCAGGAAGAAAAGAAAGGCGAUCCGGUAUGCCGAUGAAGGAGAAGUUAUGAAAGAAGGUGGUAAGAGUUUGGAGGAAACUAAGGAUUCAAAUGUGUCAUCUAGUUCAGAGUUUAGCGAUUGUUCCGAUGACGAGAAUUUUAAAACAAAGUUAAUGGAUAUUUAGUAAGAAAAGGAUACACCAAUAUAUGAAUAAAGAUAAAUAUGUUAUUAGGGUCACAAGCUUGAGACAAGCAAGUCGAGAAUCCUGCUAGAGCAAGCUUGAUUGCAUGUACUUUCUUAAGCUAUCAAUGCGUUUGACUGUGAGAGAAAGAAGCAUAAACUUCGACAUGCGCGCAGAAAAUAUGUUGAGUUAAUUUUUUUAAUGAUGCAGUUGGCUUUUCCUUUUUUUUUCCUCUCUAAGGAAAUCAAAAUAUUGAACAUAUUUUUCUUACAAUAAAGCAUUGGGCCAUUAUAAAAGAGCUUAUCAUACAACCCAUUUGGCCAGACAUACUUUUGCAGUUUGCAUAGUUUCAUUGCAACAUUCCAGACAAGAGAGAAAUGUUGAGAUUGAAAGGAAGAGAAAGUAUGGGAAAUGCAGGAGAAAUACAAGAUGCAAUGGAUGCCUUCUUCAACGUCAACCUCACCAACAACAGUGCUACCAUUGUUGUCUCUGAACAAUGUUUCUUUUGUCUGCAAAUCAGUGAGCAACUGGGUGAGGUUUUAUGAGCAAGUGCUGGGAUUUGUUCUAGUCAAAUGCCUUUCUUUCAACUUUGAAGGAGCUUGGUUGUGUAACUAUGGAAUCGGCAUCCAUUUGUUCGAAUCAGAAAGUGUUCCGGCAGCAAAGAAAGAAAAAAUCAAUCAAAAGACAUCCAUAUUUCAUUCCAAAAUCUAAUGCUCCGUCAUGAAGCUGGUGAUGCAGAACUUCAAAGAGAUGAAAAUCAAGUACAGGAAGGCCAUAGUUACAUGGUUACAUAAUUCGACAAUCCUGAUGGUUUCAUGGUUGAGAUUUGCACUGCCAAAACCUUCAAUGUUCUUCCACUCUACUCUUGCCCUCUCAAGUUACCUAAUUCGAUCAGGAACGAUGCAAUUUCUUUGUUAUAUGGUAGGUUCUUUUAUGCAUUCAUCCAAUGUAAAUGUAGUUUUAUUCAUGUAAAUGCCUAGAGAAGUUGAUUGCAACCAUGGACUGAGAACUUCGGUGAAGCGGAGCAGGAAGACAUAUCAUUCCGGACUAGCCAAGAUUAAGAUGGAAAAAUGUUGUUUAUGGCAAAAAAUGCUGUGUAGAAUGUAAGAAUAUUGUAAUUCGAGUAAACAUGGUUGAGAACAUUAUU